AUGGUUCCAUCAUAUGCUCGUAUCCAAGGAAUGGAUUCAGCAGCUUCUCAAUACGCUUCAAAGUAUUCCCUUUAUUUAUAUAGGGAAGUGGGGAAAGACUCUGUUCCUGCUAAUCAUUAUGAACAAACAGAAGACAUGUCAUUUUUAAAUGGAAUUCCUGUGUUGUUUAUUCCUGGAAACGCAGGAUCCUACAAGCAAGUUCGAUCAAUAGCUGCGGAAACUUCCAAUCUCUUUUUUGGUGAUGAUGAUACCCGUGAACAGGACAUAGACAACCCCCAUAUGAAGAAUUUUGACUUUUUUGCAGCGGAUUUCAAUGAAGACUUUACGGCAUUCCAUGGACAGACCAUGAUGGAACAAGCUAAUUUCUUAAACGAAGCUGUUAAGUUGAUAUUGUCACUUUAUGCUGACAAACCCAAUCCCCCAACAUCCGUAGUGAUAAUAGGCCAUUCAAUGGGUGGGAUUGUGGCUCGUGCAAUGCUAGCUUUGCCUAAUUAUGUUGAAGAAUCAGUGAAUACAAUUAUUACUUUAGCAUCUCCUCAUGCAGCUGCUCCUUUAACUUUUGAUGCAGACGUUGUGAAAAUGUAUUCAUUAGUUGAUAAAUUCUGGUACGAAGGUUUCCAAAACAUUUCCCAAAUUGCAUAUAGUAGACUUGCAAACUUGUCAUUAAUAUCCAUAACAGGUGGAGGUCUAGAUGCGACCUUACCAGCAGAUUAUACUGCCAUUGGCCAUCUUGUACCUCUCUCGAACGGGUUCACUGUAUAUACUACAGGUAUUCCCUCAAUAUGGUCUCCAGUUGAUCAUUUAGCAAUUGUUUGGUGCGGUCAAUUACGUCGAGUUAUUGCUAAAUCUCUUUUGGAGAUUGCUGAUAUUUCCUCACCUUCAAGAGUAUAUCCAUUAGAAAAGCGAAUGAAUGUUUUCAGGAAGAACUACUUAAGUGGGUUUGAAAAUUAUGCUCUUCAAGAUAGUAUUGCAUUUGCUUCUUCUGUCAACACUAUCCAAUCUGAAUUCCACAAUUUAAAAAUUGAUACCCAAUUACUAAAUUCAUAUUCAUUGGACAAAGAAAGUCAUAUGAAAUUAACCAAGGAUAAUGUGGGAAAGAAGUUUAAUUUAUUUACUAUCCCACCUACUUCUAAUAUUUCCUUUUCUUUAUUGACAUCAUUAAAGUUUGCAAGUAUCAAUGACACUAAAUCGGAUCCACGAUCGUUAUUGCUUUGUGCCAAUAAGGAUAUUUUGAGGGACAAGUUAAUAAGCACCUUAGACUUUACAAAUUCUGGCUCAGAUAAGUAUGCAUCACUAUAUUGCAGUGAUAUUUCAAAAGACUUACAUGCUGUUCCUCGAUCAGAUAGUGUGCAAGUACAGUUGCUUGCCGAUUCGUCGUUUCUUGGGAACCAAUCUCCAUUUUAUGGGAUACAUCUUGAUUCAUCAAUACUUUCAAAGUUUGAUUCUAUUUUAGUUGUUAACACUCCAGGUGAUCUUAGGAAAGACGAGAAUGCCUUUGUUAUUGGAGAAACCUCGUUGCAAGAAAAUACUGUGGAUACUCUUGGGAAUUCUGAAUUGAUUUCAUUGCUAUUCCGUGGAGCAGAUGUAAGUUUACCCAGUAAUAGACCAUUGAUGUUCAGUAUUCAAAUCCCUAGUGCAUGGUCAUCUCUUCUUGCGUAUAAGAUUUCUUUGCACUUUACCAAUGACGACAAGCAUUCGAAAGUGGGAAUAUUUUCUCCAUUUAUUCGACAAUGGAGCGAUGAUCCCUAUGAAAGUAAAUGGCAUAUUAAUAUUGGUGAUAAAUCAACCUUGACGUUAUUUUGUCACAAUAUAGCCCCAUUUAUUCCAUUCAAAGUUGAUAAGAAAAAUAAGGGUCUAAAUUUACAGUUGUGGAGUGAUAAUGACAUUAGUAACGGACCCCUUGAUGUCAAUUUAAGCAUUGAUUAUAUUAUGAGCUUAAGAUUAUUAGUUCUUCGUUAUCGACUAACUGUUGUUUCAUUCUGUGUGAUGACUUGCUUGCUUGUUAUCUUAAGACAAUUUAUUUACUUUAGGCAUUUUAAAAUGUUUCCUAAUUUCCAGACGGGAUUACAAUUGAUUACAAGUCCUCUAAUGUUUGUGAUAUCGGUGGUGGUAUUGGCAAACUUAAGUUGGCUUGUUAAAAUACCUUUGAUUAAUCAAAUUUUAAGUCUUUUGGAUCCAGUUACCUUUAGAGAUCGGGAACUUUCUUCAUUCAUGUAUGAAAAUGGGUAUCAAUGGAAUAAAUUAUAUAUGGGACUAGAGGAAGACUCCUUAUUUUUAAUUCCGGUGAUCUUUUAUUGCAUAAGCAUUUUCAUUGUGUUUUUGACUUACAAAGUUAUUAGCUUAUUGCUAUUUAUUUUUGGUGCUUGUGUUAGAGGCUUCUACAAGGCUACUGGAGUGUAUGCUCAGAAACGGGAAGCUCAUGGAACACCGGUUGAUGCCGAAAAUAAGACACCAAAGGACUUGGACAAAGAAGCAUCAUCAUUAUCACCAACAUCAUUAUCACCAACAUCAUCAUCGUCUUUUCUCCUCAGAAUUCCAGGUCGGAGUAUCAAGAUGCACAGAUUAUUAAUAGCAUUAGCUCUUGUAACUCUUGUUGCAUUUUAUGUUCCCUUUCAAGUGAUUACAGUGAUCUGUUGUUUCGCACAGGGGAUCAAUUGUUUGAAGUUGUAUGGGAUAAUUAAAACCAAAGGGGACUCAAGUUCAAGAGAUGGACAACAAUUAUUAAACUUUCAAGUUUCUAUAUUGGCUCUCAUGCUUUGGGUUAUGCCUAUUGAUAUUCCUAUAGUGAUUGUGCACAUUCAUAAUUUGGCAAUUAAUUGGAGAACAGCAUUUAGUUCUCAUCAUAAUAUUUUAUCUGUCUUGCCUAUCAUGUUAUUCUUGGAGAGGAAUGAGUACUUGACCACAGAAAUAGCAAAGGGGGGUAAGUUGAAUUUAGAAUGGAUCAAUUGUUCAUUCAGAAAAUGGCACAGUGAGUUGAAGCCUGACAUUCAUUUGUAA